GCCUCUGGAAGGGGGUGGUGGUUGCUGGUGCCCGAAGGGUUAAUGGCAGGCAGCGGUCGCUGGGGGAUGUAGGGUGUUCCGGUGGGUCUGCGGCAGAGCAGAGCUGGCACAGCUCGGGGUGGGGCAGCGGCGACUAGGCGUAAGGAAGGCUGUAGCUCCGAGUUGCCCUGUGCUGGGAGCUCCCAGGGUUCGCUGAGGGAAAAGUCCAUGAGGAGGAGCUUGGCCCCCGGGCCGCGACUUCUCUCAACCGCGUCCCUUCGGCGGCGUCACGCAAAGCUCGAGGAAGAAGAGAGUUGUACCUGUGGAAGAUGAAGUUUGUUUUGGGGAUUCAUCCUAACGCACUGGCAUAUUCCAUGACUACGUUAGGUGCUGGGAUGAUGAACAGUAUCUUUAAUUUCUACUACGUUAAGCUUUUCCUAAACCGAUACAAAAUUUCAGAAGUAGCAUUUCAUCAAGCACAGGUUGUAUUUAUGGUAUGGAAUGCCAUUAAUGAUCCUCUUUUUGGGUAUAUUCAAGAUAACUCCAAAUUCGCAUGCUGCUCAAGACGCCAGUUUUCCAUUUUAUAUGGAGCUCCUUUAUAUGCAUUAGCCUUUUUGCUUCCUUGGUUUCCUUGGAAACAUUAUGAAGAAGGUGACUGGCUAAGUGGUCUUCACCUCAUUGUUGCUUUAUGUGCUUUUGAUGGUUUGCUUACAUUUGUGCUUCUAGCGCAGUGCGCGCUCUUUGCAGAAAUUUCAACAAGACAUGAAAGCAGACUUCAGCUUAUUAAGUACAACCAAGUAGCAACGUUAAUCGGAUCAACAAGCAUUCUCUUUUGUGGCCUCAUAUCAGAUAAUAUGGAAAAUUUUGCCUAUUUUCAGGCUUUCACUGUUUUGAUCGCAUCAUUAGCAACAGCUUGUAUGUGUUACACAGGCAAAUAUAGUACUAGUCAAUAUGAGCAGAGAGAAGUCUGUACGGAGAAUUCUAAUCUGGGAAACAGUGAUGGAGCACUCUCCUGGUCCUCUGUAAUUUCAUUGACCAAGCAGAUUAUGACAGAGAAGAACUUUUUGUUUUUUGUAACAAUGAACUUCUUCCAAGUCUUCCACCUAGCCUUCUGCAACAAUUUUAUGAUGAUCUUUGCGGAUAAUCUUAUUCCUAAGGAUGUCCUUUCUUCCUCAGUAAAAAGUGUCAUGUAUGGAGCAGGCUUUAUUUGUCCUCAGUGCCUUGUUCUUCUCAGUCAUGCUUUGUUGAAGAAAUUUGGUUAUUACAGAAUCAUCUUGUUUUCCUUUUACUUCGAAGGAGUAGCUGCUGCUGUCAUGUUUGUUUUAGGACCAGAACACUAUUAUCUGUUGGCAUUUUAUCUCACAACAAACAUGGUAAUUGUACAAGCUUCAUUUAGUUUGUUCAAUUUGCCUUUGGCAGAUAUUGUUGAUGCAGAUUUAAUAAAGCACAAGCGGAGAUCACCACUUUCCUCUAUGGUUUUCGGUACCAAUGCUUUGUUUACCAAGCCUGCCCAAUCUUUGGCUCCAAUGCUUGUGGUUACAAUACUAAAUCAAUUUGGAUAUGAGAACCUGAAUAAAGAAGUUGCUCAACCUGAUCCAAGUUUGUUUUUAGGUCUUCAUGAUGCCAUGUUCUAUCUCAUCUGUCUGGUUCCACUUUGCAUUGCAGUCAUACAGAUCCUGACGUGGACUCCCUUUUCAAUCCAGAACAGUCAUAUGACAGCCAUACGCUAAAUAGCUAACGGUUGUUCAGUACAUCUUUGGCUGAACUGUACCACAAGAGUUAGUAUGUUUUAAAUGUGAAAAAGCAAAAUUGCAUCAAAUGGACUAUUAGAGCCAUUUCAAUAAAGUCACAUUCUUCCAUCUAUAUAGGCUGUAACACAGCCCACAUUCAGCCUUAAUGCUGAGCGUACACAGAGUUUUUUCUAGUUCAGUUGUUUGCCUUUAAUGGGCUUUAUCCUUCGUUACCAAAUGAAGUCCUUUCUGGUAUGUACUGGUCACUGUUAACUCCUCUGAAGAAUGGGUAUGGCAGAUCAGGUAAAGGAAUCCCAACCCAGACCCUGGAAUUCAAGGGAACUGUAUUUUCUUAAGCUUACUGAUAUAUGGUGGAUUAAUUCUGCCAUACUGAUAAAAUGGCAGAUCACUCAAGUUAAUCUGGAAGAGCCUGGGGGACACCCCUCAUGGAUGGCAGGGAGAUGAAGAGAAAAAUUUAGAUGGUGUCUAGCUGACCAAUAUCAAGACAAAUCUGACAGUACCACAAGAAGAGCCAAGAGUAGUUAACUACCCUGUAAAAGUCUGUGUACGGCUAAAGAAGAAAAGGAUUAAAGUGGUGUUCAAUAAAGCGCUGCUGGAUAUGGAAAAAGCUCCAUACCUCCUCACUCCAAAUGUCUCUAGUUGGUGGUAGGUAGAUGUGGUUUUCUGGCUUUAAAGGGAAGAUUAUUUUGAAGGUACCACAUUGUUAGUACUUCAUACAAAAUGUAAUUGUGUUAAGAAAAACAUUAGUGUAUGGGUGUAGUAGUGUCUGUCCAGUUAGCUGGACAAAUCUAAGCACACACAUAUUGAAUCAAGUUCUGCCUGGUGUUACACUGGCAGACUGGUUUGAUGUGCUGGCAGUUGAAGUAAAUUUCUGAUUAAUCAAGUUGAAGUUAGUUAAUUUCUGACUAAUUCUUACCAAAUCUUUUCAGUUAAGCUUUUAAAUGGGUCCUGUGAUUUUUAUAAAAUAAAGGGGUUUUUGGCAAAAUUUCAGAAAAGUUGAAUCCUCUCUUUAUUUCACAUGUGUUGUACUGAGAAGACACAUUAGCAUGUUUACAAUACCCCUGUUCAAUAACUAUUCUUUUUCCUCCAUUAUAUCCAGCGGGUAGUUGUGUAAUGAUAGAUAGCUUAAGUACCAUAUUUGUUCUUUGUUUUGCCUGGACAAACAUAGUUUUAGAAGCACCUUUCUUACGGAGUGCCAGUCACUUGAAAGUACAAGAAGAUGCAUUGUAUGUGUCCAGAUUUUAAAGUGCUGAGGCAGCUCAUUUCUAAGGCCCUACAUUUAUCAUGAUAGGUAAGUUGGAAAAGAAAGGAGUGUCAGAAGUUGCCCUGUGUUUUGGUGGACACUAGCCUAAUUUCAUGAAGAAGUUUGAUAUUUGAAAUACCAGUGUUGGAAAAAAUAGUCUUUUGUGCCUCGGUUUUUACAUUUGUAGAGUAGAAACAAUGUUGCUUUCUUGCCUUUUUUGAAGUGCCAAGUGCCUUCAAAGUGAUGAGUGAAAAAGUGGGAUAGCAUUGUUAAAUAUUUAGAAAUCCAAAUGAACCCUUUUAUAGGAAUAUGAAGAUUUAUGUUAAAAUGUAAGAAGCCAGAAAUUGUGAUGAAGUUUUAAGUUGCAUUAUCUGGUUUUUAUCUCUGUCUUGUCAGAGAUGCCAUUAUUCAUUUGCAUUGUACAUGCUAAUACCAUUAUGUACACAUACUGGUGUCACUUGUAUUUACAUGUCAAAAGAAUAUUUACACAAAUAUCAGAGCAGCUGUGGACUGUGUGUUUAGACUCUGAAUUUUAAUAGAUUUACUGCAUUGUAUGUAUGAAUUUUCUGCCUGAAAGGCAGAAGGGGAAAAAGCCAAAGGACAAACAUCUGAAGGAAUUUAAGUUAACGUUACCUGAUUCAUUAUAUGAAACUGUUUUCUCCCUGACAAUUCCUUUAAAAUGGUAAUAAAUAACUUAAAAUAAUUUUAUUCUUCUUCACUGUUUCUGUAUUUCCUAAAUUUCAUAUGUUCAUCCUAUUCUCAUAGAAUAUAUAUUUGCUUAGGUGAAAAUGUUAUUGUUCCACAAAUAGGAUUUAUUAGAUGACUGUU